AUGCCGCAUCUCUUCCGAGUGCUGCGCGACAUCUCUCAGCGUUAUAUUGAGCUCGGCGUUUCCAGGCAGCUCUGGGACCAGAGCCUCGCCGUCCCACAAAUGGACGCCGACCUCGCCGCCCUCGGGUCUCCUCAUACCGGCGCAUACGGCACGAGAUGGAUACAGCAGAACCAGCAACCGAAUCUACCCGAUGAAUUUAGCGAGGGCUCGAUGCAGCCCGGCGACGAUGCAGGGGCGAGCACCGAUGGGCUGCACCUUGUCCAGCACCCGUUAAAUUCGGUGCUGGGCAUGAGUAACGGGCCGCAGCUGGAGGACUGA